AUGGAUAGCCUCUCUACAGCAAUCUCUGCCUUUACCCUCAACCUUUUCAAGAAGCUAAGUGCUAAUGAUCAUAAGAAGAAUGUAUUUUUUUCUCCUUUGAGUAUUUCUUCUGCUCUGUCGAUGAUCUCUUUGGGUGCAAAAGGCCACACGGCAGUGCAAAUGUCGAAGGUACUCUCUUUGGCUGAAGGUGAAGAGAUUCACAAGGAAUAUGAGAAACUUAUUUCUGAAAUCAACAAACCAGGCACCAAGUACUUGCUUAGACUAGCCAACAGGCUUUUUGGAGAAAUGUCAUAUGAUUUUCUUGAACCAUUUACAGACUUCAGUCAGAAAUUCUACCAUACAGGUCUAGAGAAACUUAACUUUAGUAAAACAUCAGAAGAUUCCAGAAAACACAUCAAUGCUUGGGUAGAAGAACAAACAGUAGGUAAAAUCCAAAAUCUGCUCAACCCAGGAAUAAUUAAUGCUUUUACAAAGUUGGUCUUGGUGAAUGCCAUCUAUUUCAAGGGAAACUGGGCAAAUCAGUUCCUCAAAACUCGCACAAUGGAAAAGCCAUUCAAAGUUACCAAGAAAGAAAGCAAAAUGGUGCAGAUGAUGUUUCAGAAAGCUACAUACAACAUGACCUACAUAGAGGAAUAUCGUACCAAAAUUCUUGAGGUUCCUUAUGUUGACAACGAGCUGAGCAUGAUCAUUCUGCUUCCUGAUGAAAUUGAAGAUGAUUCCACUGGCCUGGAAAAGCUAGAGGGAGAAAUGUCUUAUGAGAAACUCACUGACUGGACCAAUCAAGAGAUGAUACGCAGAACUGAAAUUGAGCUGUCUCUACCGAAAUUUAAAUUGGAGGGGAAAUAUGACUUGAAGCCUGUUCUGAGCAGCAUGGGAAUGGCUGAGGCUUUUGAUGAAGGCAAGGCAGACUUCUCAAGAAUAUCACCCAACAAUAACUUAGUCCUGUCUGAAGUUGUUCACAAAUCCUUUGUAGAGGUCAAUGAAGAGGGCACUGAGGCAGCUGCUGCUACUGGGUCUAUUAGGACAUCACGGUCUGUUAAGACUGUGUUGCAAUUCACAGCUGACCAUCCUUUCCUCUUUUUUAUACGGCACAAUAAAAUGAGAAGCAUCCUUUUCUAUGGUCCCUGCAGGACAGCUGAGCGAGCGAGGGAGGAAAUCCCGGAAGCCAGCUGGGUGGGUGGAGCGCCUCUUGAAAAGCACCGCUUGCUUUCCUUCCUGCCUUCGUUGCGACCUUUCCAGUGCCUCUCUCCGCCCGACGGCCAGAGCUUUAACAGCGAGCGACUUCUGCGUAGCAGCCAUUUCUCUCGUCUCUUCCUCCUGAACAUGGACGGCCUCAAUAUAGCAAACACUGCCUUUGCCAUCAACCUUUUCAAGGGGAUAACUGAAAAUGAUCGUACAGCGAACACAUUUUUUUCUCCUUUGAGUAUUACUUCUUCUCUGGCGAUGGUCCUUUUGGGUGCAAAAGGUAGCACAGCAGACCAGAUGUCAAAGGCACUAUCUUUGACUGCCUGUGAAGAGAUUCACCAGGGAUAUGAGAAACUUAUUUCUGAAAUCAACAAACCAGGAACCAAGUACUUGCUUAAGCUAGCCAACAGGCUCUUUGGAGAAACAUCGUAUGAUUUUCUUGCACCAUUUAUAGACUCCAGUCAGAAAUUCUACCAUGCAGGUCUAGAGAAACUUAACUUCGGUAAAGCAUCAGAAAAUUCCAGAAAACAUAUUAAUGCCUGGGUAGAAGAACAAACAGCAGGUAAAAUCCAAAAUCUGCUUGCCCCAGGAAUUGUUAAUGGUCUUACAAGGCUGGUCUUGGUGAAUGCUAUAUAUUUUAAGGGAAAUUGGGCAAAACGGUUCCGCAAAGAUCUCACAACGGAAAAACCAUUCAAAGUUUCCAAGAAUGAAACCAAAAUGGUGCAGAUGAUGUUCCAGAAAGCUAAAUUCAAGGUGACCUACAUAGCAGAUUAUCAGACCCGUAUUCUUGAGAUGCCGUAUGUUGAUAAUGAGCUGAGCAUGAUCAUUCUGCUUCCUGAUGAAAUCAGAGAUGAUUCCACUGGCUUGGAAAAGUUGGAGAGAGAAAUGACUUAUGAGAAACUCAUUGAAUGGAUCAACCCAGAGAUGAUGGAUUCAACUGAAGUUGAACUGUCUCUACCGAAAUUUAAAUUGGAGGAAAAAUAUGAUCUGAAGCCUGUUCUGAAGAGCUUGGGAAUGACUGAUGCGUUUGAUGAAGGCAAGGCGGACUUCUCAGGAAUGUCACCCAACAACGACUUAGUCUUGUCUGAAGUUGUUCACAAAUCCUUUGUAGAGGUCAAUGAAGAGGGUACUGAGGCAGCUGCUGCUACAGCGGCUGUUGUAAGUAACCGGUGCGCUAGGAUUCCUCACCCAUUCACAGCUGACCAUCCCUUCCUCUUUUUUAUUCGCCACAGAAUAACGGGAUGUAUCCUCUUCUACGGUAGAUUUUGUUCUCCACAGACGUUGUGUGUUUGUAUGGAUACAGUAUGAACACACCUUACUGUAGCCUGCUGGAAAUAUAUCAAGCAUUUACUUCAUCAGAUUCUUACACAUGUCACAUUGGAUAGCCUUUCAUUGCCAUUCUUCUCUUUGCAGCAGCCUUUUACAGCUCUAUUAAUAUUUGACUAGUGGCUCUGCAUAGGCGGAUCACUGCAAGGUGGCCCAUUUAGGCAACGAUGGCCUCUUUAAUAUCCUAAAUGCACAUUGAUGCAAAUGUAUGUUUUGUGUGCCUUAUUCAGUUCAAGAGACUGUCUCAUGGAGUAUAAGCAAAAUGGGGGAAAAUAAAGCAGGACUUAAUGAAUGUAUUUCAUCUUUUGCAUGCACUCUAUUUGAGGACAGGGCUCAUUUUUCAGGGGGCUUGGCUUUAAAUGAUAAGACCGCUGUGAGAGCCUUUCAUUCGUGGCCUUCCUCUUUCCAGGAUACUUUAUGGAUAUUCUUAUUUAACACGUUGCAACCAAUCCCAAAAAGAGCUGCUACCAAAGGAGCUAAUGUAAUAUACUUUCAUAUGCAUUUGAUAAGAAAAACGGUUGUUUGAUACUAGUUUCUGGUGUUCAAGCUGGCACUUUAAAAAAAUCUGCAAAACCUGUUUGUGAUUACAGUAAUGAAUAUAUUUUAAAGAAAAGCCUUGUUAGCACUAGGAAGAAUUACAUAGUUGCUUUACGCUUCUACACAGAUUUUGGCCUUGCAGAGAAGAAUGUGUUUGAUAACCGUAUGUAUGAAUCGAAGGUUGUAGAUUCUAAUGUAUUUAUUUACUUGACAAAAUAUGUAACCAAGCAGUUUAACUCAUAGCAGUCUACAACUAGAUAUUCAAAAUUCUACAAAUGAGGAUUUACCUUGCUUAACUCUGUGAUUGGAUUUUGAUGCAGCUAUUCAUGAAUUAAAACAUAAAAUUAAAAAAAAAUCCUAUACAAA